CUUGACCGUGUACCACCCUACAGUACUUCGUCGUCGUGGCUGAUGGCUGACGAAGAUGUCUAUCUUUGCCGUCUCAAAAGUUCGCAGAAGCGACCAAUGCCCCUGUCGCUCACUGCCUCUAUCUGUUGUCCAUUGCACUGCCAAGGCCGAGUUGGAGAAACAAUGAAAAAAAAACAUUCGCUCUGUCCUUCGCCCGUCGUCCCGAUUCAUCCAAUUGGGUCCCUCAAAGACACUCGUCAUUCGUCCAAGGUCGUACCACACUGUGCAUCUCCCGAAUCCCGUCGUCUCCCGCCCUUGCAAAUCGAGGAGCUUGGCCCUAACUUGGUGCUUCAAGCCUUGCUCUUUGUCUGUCCGUCCGCCUCUCCUGUCUACGUACCAAACAGCGCCCCACUGUUCCCGUGCCCUGUACGGAGUAGCCCUGGUACUUUGCUGUACGUCAGUGCUGCUGGUACAAGGGCCCUCGUCGGCGCUGAGGGAUUUUCGGCCAUGGCGCCCCCCAAGCUCCCACCCCAACUAAUCCAUGCUUCUAUCUCUCAGGAUGGUCGCGACUGGCGAUAGGAUGACGACACUGGGCGCCCAGGCUGGGCGGUCAGCAGGAUUGCGACUGGCUGGCUGACCGGGACGGCGCUGUGGCGGCCACGUAGAGGGAACAAAGCCGGUACG